GUGAAGUUACUGAUGCAGCCAGUCUAGCACGUUUCAAAGUUCUGGUCAAAACUGGGGCCGGUGCCACUCGGGAGGAGUUCUUGAUGACAGGAAUCCCUGAAGCAGGGCCUGAAGUGCCGGUGUGGCACUGCGAAAAGUGCGACGGCUGGCACCGCACAGAGAGGUGCCCGCACUUCCAAAAAGAGCGCGAAAAGCACAAGGAUGCAUGGGUUGGGAGCCCAAAGGCGACUUCAGCGGAUCUGCUGAUCGUAAACUACGGCAACUGCCACGAGAUGGGACGAAGUGGCGGGAACUUCGUCCUGCGGCCCGUCUCGGUCUCCGGAAUGCCAGAACGCUCCGAUGCGAACUGGCACGGAGACACGCUGAAGGACGUUUUGAUGGAUGAAGAGGGUGACCAGCCACCAAUGCCGGAGGACUCACAAGAUCCACCCGAACCAGCAGAUCCUCUUCGUGAAGAAGCUCCGCUACCAUCUCCUCCUGAUGGCCCACAAGAACAUGCUAUGAGAGGAGCUGAUGAGGUGUGGCAUCGAAUGAUUGAAGAAGCCACCGAUGUUGGGGUCAAGAAUCUGACCUUUGUGGAGCUACUGGGCUCACGGUCUGUGAGCGAAGUGAUGCCUGCACUAGUUCUACGUCUCCAUUGCGACAGAGCUCGAGAUCUGGUGGCUGCCCCAGUCCGACGUUGGACUUUGGAUCGAGGGAUCAUCACAACCCUCACAUCAAGAUCCUCUUACAAAAGCAACGGCCGUAUGGAGUCGGAGGUGGGAUCUACAAAGCGUGGCAUCAAGACGCUCAUCUCAGCGGGGCUGUGUCCCUCAGAGUACUGGCCCCUGGCUGCCAGACACAUUGGAGAAAGACGGCUUCGAAAUCAGCUGAAAGGAGUUGGAUGGCCUGCAUCUCCAAUGCUGCGGUUUGGCAGCAAAGCAUUUGCCUUGCGCAAAUCAUGGCAAGAGCGCUACACGGAUUGGAGAGAUGCCAGAGAGGAGGUGGUAGUCAUGGGACCUGACAAGUUUUCAUCAUUGACUACAACAAGUUACUAUGUGAAGUCCCUCGCAACUGGCAAGUUCUUCUACACUGAUGAUGUUGUGCAGCCAGCGGCAGAUGCUCCUCAAGAACUUUCAGAAGAGUCACAGGCGAUCUACCUUGAAGAACUUGGUGACCGAGCAUCUCCACCGAUGUGGUCUGGCACACCUACUCGCAGACUGCGGGGCAAAACUACAGUGCCAGCGAUUUCGAUGGUGUCCGUCGAGGGGGAGGACAAGGGCGCUUCUUCGAGCAGUGCUGACGUGGUGAGAUCUAGGGCUGCUGUUGGUGUAAUGGGCGCUGCGAAGCCAGCGCGUCGGGCUCAGCAUUUGCGGCUGCUGGUGGUGAGCGAGCUGCGGAGCUGGCUAGGCUGCCGUGAUGGAACAUGGCAGCUGAAUCUUCAGCUUCAGCUGGGGGGAGUCUGGUCUGCAUUGCCUGAGAGUCCUUCACAAGCUCUACUGUCUGAUGAUAUUGCCAGCGAGGAGAAGAUCCGAAGUGGCUCCUGCGAGAGUGUCGUGCUAUGUCGUGCUGGUGGCUGUGACGUGGCCAGUCGUGCGGCCAUCGCUCUGACGCAUGCAGAGUCGAAAGCGGAUGUAUCUGGGCAAUCUUGGGCACCUGGUUACAAAGGAAGACGGAGGAAAGGACCGCAAGGACAGAAGAAGGUAGCCGCUGCGGAGCGUUUGCACCUUGCAGGGCUGCCAAACGAGAGGCCUGCCAAACGGCAGGCUGGAACCUCGGAGAAACGAUUAGAUGGCCGGCUGUGUUGUGCUGCUGCAGAGCUU